AUGUCUCAUCCACAUGGCCAAAUUGCUGCGCUGGCUGCUCUCAUAUCUGACGCCGCGAAAGUCGUUGAAGCGCAGUAUGCGAGUACGGAACGGCCUUAUGUCCCCUCUCUGGACGAUACGGACCCACAUCCAUUUGACGAGCGAUCGAGUAAAGAGCUGAGAACAGCAAUUCAGAUAAUUGAGGGUGCCUGUGCUCAGCUCUCGGCCACUGUGGCGAGGCCUAGUCAUACCAUCGUGAAUAGGCUCAUGGGUUUUUAUGAGCCUAACUGUCUCAACGUUGCGCUCACGUUCAAAAUUCCGGAUGUCCUAAAUAAAAAACCAGCCGGAAUGCAUAUUUCAGAGAUUGGGCGAGAGACAGGAAUAGAGGAAGGCAAAGUCGGGAGAAUUCUCAGGCUUCUUGCGUCGAAGCACAUCUUUCGAGAAGUAUCCGAAAAUGUUUUCGCAAACAAUCGUCUCAGCGUUCAACUUCUUAGUACAAAUCCUCUGUCCAGUCUAGGACUACACUUUACGGAUGAGUGCCAAAAGUCAACCGUCCUACUUUCAGACGUUCUGGCGGACAAGGAAUGGGGUCAUUCUUAUGCCCCAAACCACACUGCAUUCAACAAGUACACCGGAUUCCCAGAUCCAUUAUUUGUGUAUUACGAGACGGAUAAGCCCAAGGGCGCUGAGCGAGGCGCUCGUUUCGGGCUUGGUAUGAUCGGCUGGGGUACCGCAAGUGAAGCCCAGUCCGUCAUUCACGAAUUCCCUUGGGGUGAACUUCCGGAUGGCGCCACCGUCUGCGACGUCGGGGGAGGUAUCGGGAAUAUCACCAUUCAGCUAGCGAAGGCGUAUCCCAAGCUUCAACUCAUUCUCCAGGAUCUUCCUGGAGCCAUUCAGCAAGCACAAAAUGAAAUAUGGCCUGUACAAUGUCCAGAGGCUAUUGCCGAGAACCGCAUUGAGUUCAAACCUUUGGACUUCUUCGCAGAGUCUCCAGUGUCGGGAUGCCACAUAUAUUAUCUUAAAAACAUCGUUCACGACUGGCCUGAUGCCGAUUGUAUCAGAAUUCUUGCUAAUGUCCGCGAGGCUAUGGUUCCUCGUAGCAGACUUUUAGUCCAGGAAUAUAUCUUACAACAUGCCAACCGCGUUCCCGACGACAAGUCACUUUUCAAACAAGCGCCCGAACCCAUGUUACCAAACUUUGGCGCCGGACGGAUUCGACAGUACAACCUCGACUUGGACAUGAUGACCGCGCUGAACAGCCAGGAACGCCGUCUACCCGAGUUUAUCGAGCUAGGCAAAGCAGCUGGAUUGAAAUUUGUGAAGCUAUGGGACUUCGGCGAGACAGCUCUAAGAUUGGGCUCAUCAGGAACCAGCACCCCCUUAGAUAUGUAG